GCUUCCAAGCAGAGCAGUACCUGCCUCCACCCUCUCCUCAGCGUGCAGGACACAAAGCAGGACAGCCUCCAAAACAGCCAACCAGCCAGCCAGCCGGCCUGCCUUUCUCUCUCUCACUCCCUUCUCCGUCUCUCCCUCCUCCAUCUCUCUCUCUCUCUCUCUCUCUCUCUCUCUCUCUCCCUUGCUCCAGCUCCGUCUCUCCCAGCUGUUGUGCUCAGGCUGCAGUCAUGACCGACAUCAAGCUGGCCCUGCUGGGAAGCAGAGGAGCAGGAAAAUCAGCAGUUCUGGUGCGGUUCUUGACAAAGCGUUUCAUCGGGGAGUACGCGUCCAACAGCAAUUCCCUAUACCGUAAAAGGCUCUCCAUUGAUGGGAGGCAGUUGAACUUGGAAGUCUUUGAUCCGUGUUCACAGACUGGCGAGAGCAGGUGCAUCCUGGAAGAGCCGCUGGAGUGGGCAGAUGGCUUCGUGGUGGUGUACAACAUCAGCGACCGCACGUCCUUCCUCAACGCCAAAAACAUCCUGCGCCAGAUCAAAGAGACCCGUGGAGGGGAGACCUGUAAGGGGGAGGUGGACAUUCCCAUCUGUCUGGUGGGGAACAAGCAGGACCUGUGCCACAGCCGGCAGGUGACCGAGGAGGAGGCGCGUGCCGCAGCCCUGGAGCACAAGUGCCACUUCCAGGAAGUGUCAGCGGCCGAGGACUACCUGGAGAUCGCCAACCUCUUCACCAAGCUGAUGCGGCACGUGAUGGAGCACCUGAAGUACCGGGCUGACCGCCGGCGCUACAGCGGCUCCAAGUCCAUGGCCAAGCUCAUCAACAACGUCUUUGGCAAGAGGAGGAAGUCUGUUUGAGAGCGCCUGUCCUUCGCUGCCAGGGAAGCAGGCUCAGUCAAGUGCCUGACUCUUACCGGUUUGAAAAACAAGCUGUGUUGUCUCUCAUACAUUCAAUAAGCAUCAUAUUUCAGGUCACAUGAAUGUCCUCUCCUCUUGGUGUAGCUCACCUCUCUGCCUUACAAGAGAAGUGUAAUUUCCUGUAGUUUUCAUCUUGUUCAUCUUGACUGUUACAUGGGUAGGUUUGUCAAUGCAUAUAGUAACAUAAAGGGUGUAACAGUUGGCAUAUGUGAACUGCAUAAUACAGCAAUCAAGACAUCAAGAAGAAUUCCGCAAGUGCUUCGUGAGAAAAUGUUAUUUCUUUCCACAAGCGAAGUGCCAGACAGCAUAAUGUGUAAUAUGAAAAGGGGCAAAGGGAGUGAUAUGUUUGGAACUGUGUGUUACACGAUGUAAUACGAUUUUAAGUGUUCACACUGAAAAGCUUUCGUGUAUAUACACAUGGUUGUUUUUUUUAAUUAUGAGCUUUUCUCUUUUCUACUAAGCAUUACUUGUGUUGUUCUCUUGGGCAGAACAACACAAGUAAUGCUUAGUAGAAAUGUUCUCUUGGGCAGUUUUUCUGCUUUGUGCUGGAGAAAGUGACCCAUGUGCUGGACUUUGCAUGUAGGAAUGCACAAUGUCUGAGUGAACUCCAUCUUAUAGGGAGCAGUAAUGAGGUGAGAAUUAUGGGUAAAUUACCCCUGAACAACAGAGUGUGGCACAAGACUUCAAAUAAAUCCCAACUGGAUCUCUGGUGUGGCAUAUUUAAAAUGGGCUGCUUUUAAUCUUACGUUGUAACGAGGGGUAAAAUUGCUUUCUGUGGAGGAAAAAAGAACAAAAGAACGAAAAGCAGUUAAAGCUAUUUCUGACAUAGGCGGAAUGGUAUGUGUUUGGCAUUUUUAUUGCAUGCAGAUACUGUAUCUAAUAGUGAUGACGUGCUCAGCAUUUGUUGAAUGUAACAUAAUUAGAAGUAGCAUAGACUUGACUCUUGCUGUCUAGCAUAAAUUUACUGAGAUGGACCAAAUAUUGCCAACCAUUACCAGGUACUUCAGUUUCACAUAUUUGAAAAUUCAGCCUCAAUAUGUCAGGACUAAACGUUUCAGUUUCAUCUUUGAGGAUCUGGAGCUAGAUCAGUUCAAUCCAGGGUAACAGACUAAAAGCACCCUAGCCAUGCAAUACCAUUUUGUGGAAAUUGCAUUUAAGCAAAAGAAUGUUGGAUCCCACUGUAAGUAUCUGUUGUACAAUGUAAUUUAGAUGAGAACUUAAAGCUAUG